AGGCGCACCGCCGCCGUGCCUCUCCUCUCCGAGCGGCGGCGGCGGCGGUGGACGUGCGAGAGACUCUCGCAUUCAGUCGGCUCUGCAGUGCCUCCGAAGAAACAGCUUGCUUUGCUGCUCGAGGGCAGAGUCGGUGCUUUGAACGCUGGGACUUAAAGUGGGAGUAGUGAUGAGUUAAGGACUUGCCGCGGACAGACCCGCUGACGGCCAAGAUGCAGUAUUGGCCGUUGGUGACGUGUGUUUUGGUGGUGUGCGCCGUGCAGGCGGCCGGGUGUCCCGUGGUGUGCGUCUGCAAGUGGAAGGGCGGCAAGCAGACGGUCGAGUGCAUCGACCACGGCCUCAUCAGCAUCCCGGACGGCAUCGACGCCGAGACGCAGGUGCUCGACAUGUACAACAGCAACAUGCAGAAGUUGCCGCGCGAGGCGUUCGUGCGGGCCAACCUGCUCAACCUGCAGAAGGUGUACCUGAAGAAGUGCCGUCUCGGUGAGAUCCACAACAACGCCUUCAAGGGGCUGACCAACCUGGUCGAGCUGGACCUCAGCUCCAACCUGCUGACCUACAUCCCGUCGGCCACCUUCCGCGACAUCCCCUUCCUGCGCGAGAUCGUGCUCAGCAACAACCCCAUCCAGAAGAUCGAGUCGCACGCGUUCCAGUUCGUGCCGGGUCUGGUCAAGCUGGACCUGAGCGGCUGCGAGUUGAACACGAUCGCCCCCAAGGCGUUCAACGAGCUGGAGCAGCUGCAGUCGCUCAAACUGAACAGCAACCGGCUGAGCGAGCUGCGCCAGGAGACGGUGAACGCGCUGCAGCGGCUGCAGGGCGUCGAGUUGCACAACAACCCGUGGGUGUGCGACUGCAGGCUGAUGCCGGUCAAGAACUGGCUCGAGACGAAAAACAUCCCGUACACGAUGGAGCCGCUGUGCGAGACGCCCGAGCGUCUGCACGGCCGCACCUUCGGCGAGCUGGCCAUCGACGAGUUCGCGUGCAAACCCGAGGUGCUGCCGGUGGCACGGAACCUGCGGGCGAACGCCGGCGACGACGCCAUCGUCGUUUGUAAAGUGGCCGCCGUGCCUGCGGCCACCAUCAGCUGGUUCUGGAACGGCCGGCUGCUGCAGAACAACUCGGCAGUGGCGGCCGCGCAGCGGGUGCUCGUCUUCGAGGACGGCGGCACCGAGAAGAGCAGUUCUUUGGUGCUGAUCAACGCGCAGGAGACGGACACGACCGACUUUUACUGCUCGGCCGAGAACCGCGCCGGCACCGCCGAGGCCAACUUCACGGUGCAAGUGUCCGAGCGGCAGGCGGGCAUGGCCUCGCUGGACAGCGGCCAGAUUGCCAGCCUCAGCGCCGUGUUCGUCGGAGUCGUCAUCACCAUCUUGGUGGUGGUCGGGGUGCUGGUGAUGCGCAUCCGCCGCAUGCCCUUCUCCUCGUCCAAGUCGCAGACGCCGCACGACGCUGCGUUGGCGGCCGCGUCGGUGGCCUCUGCAAAAAACCCGUCUGCCAGCCUGGCCAUCGAGACCGAGCGCCGCAACGGCUCCGUCAUGAUGAGCGAUCCGGUGCUCAAAUCGCCCGUCAUCUGCGAGAUCAAGCUGCACAGCCAGCAGCGCUGCGGCGGCGGCGGCGGCCUGACGGACGUGCCGCCGGUGGCGGCCAACGGCCACCACGCGCUCAACGGGCAGGCGUCGAUCGAGUCGUUCCGCAACCCCGACCUGAUCAACGAGGCCGAGCGUGCCGAGGGGCCGCGCGAUGACGGCCUGCUGCCGUCGCGGGCGCUGUCCGGCGAGUACAGCCGCGCGCACGGCGACAGCCUCUACCCGUCCGGCCUGUGGGACGCCUCGUCCGACCAUUACGACGACAAGACGCCCAUCAUCGAGGAGGUGCCGUUCGCGCCCGUCGGCGGCCACCCGUCGCCCUGGGACCCCGCAGACUUCCCCGCCGACUACGGUCUUCCCAUCCCGGGCCACUCGCCGCCCCCGGCGCCCGCCCCCUCGCAACCGCCCCCGCCGCCCGGUGCCAAAACGCUGCGCGUGUGGCAGCGUGGCGCCGCCCCCGUGCUGCCCCCCGUUACGGCGCUGAAAAGGGUGCUCGGCAGCAGGAACUCGCCCGACGAGGGCUACCAGGAGGGCUGCGGCACCGACGUCUGAAAAACUCGAAAAAUCAGUGCUGACAAUGUGAUCCCGUAAUGUUAAUUGACUCGCCAACAGACCGAACGCGCAGUGCUCGAGAUUUGUUAUUUUUUAUAUACGGAUAAAUCGGUAGCCGACGAAAACGGAAUGGGAGUGGAAAGUGGUGUGCGCACCUCACUUGUCACAGCUGCAGCCCUUUCCCCCGAAAACUGGACGACGGACGAGUGAGUGAGAGAGAAAAAGGGUGUCUGCGUGCGUGCUUUGCUAUGCGCGCCUGAGGUUGACAUUGCAAUGAAUACGUGUUUCCGCCGCCGCGUGACGGAAAAAACCGAUUUCCUACUUUUCCAAGUGAUUGAAAAAUAUGUACUUAAAAAAGCUCCAAAAUUUAAACCGCCAAACAGAAAAUUUCGAUUGCCUGACGAGUAGAUAUAUAACUAAAGCCGUUGUAACACUAAAAAUACUCACUCCCUUGAAUCUCUCUCCUGUAAACCGAAACCACAAUAUUGCCGCAUACAAAAUGAUACUUAACUUCCUGUUCAUUUGCGCACAAACCGUUUAGAUAAAGUCCAGGACCGAUGUUGAGUGUCGUUUAAUUAACUGACCGGUGUGCAAAAAUUAUUCGUUGUCAAGUACGAGAAAAGGUCGGUGUGCAAAAUGUCGAAUUAAUUUUCUGGCAAGCGGCCCCCGGCACUGACUGUACGCUGGGUGUGUGUAAUAAUUGUUUCGCCGGGGCCACCGCGUUAAAAAAAGA